UCCAGGGCAGGAGGAGACUGAUCUCAGCAAGUUUCCACUGACUGUUGUCUCUGUGAAGACUGAAGAGCAUGAAGACAAAGCACCUGAGUCCUCACAGCUUUAUCACAGUCCAAACGUCCAGCGGGUGUCAGCGGGGAGUCAUGAAGAGGAGUGGCACACCAGUGUGGGACAGAAGGAGCUACAGGCCCCCUCCCACAUUAAAGAGGAGCAGCUUCAUGAUGAAGAUGAAGCUCAGUCCUUACAGCUUCAUCACAGUCAAAGUGAGGAGAACAGAGGGGCGGAGCUUGUAAGUCAACACAUCACAGAAGCUGAUGGAGAGCAUUGUGAAGAUAUCAAGUCAGAACCAGACAGCAUCUUUGCUCCACUGUCAGACAUGGACCACAUGAUGUCACACUCUUCUGAUCACAGUGACCACAUCCAAAAACCUUUGGAGAGUAAAAAUGACUCUAAAGGUGAUACGAGACAUCACACUAACAACAAACACUUUGACUGCUCUGAAUGUGGGAAAUCAUUUAGACACAAGGGUCAUUUUACAGUACACAUGAGAAUACAUACUGGAGAGAAACCUUUUACUUGCUCUGUUUGUAAGAAGAGUUUCUCCACAAAACCUAACAUGACCACACACAUGAGAACACACACUGGAGAGAAACCUUUUACUUGCUCUGUUUGUAAGAAGAGUUUCUCCACAAAGCCACACUUGACCACACACAUGAGAACACACACUGGAGAGAAACCUUUUACUUGCUCUGUUUGUAAGAAGAGUUUCUCCACAAAGCCACACUUGACCAGACAUAUGAGAACACACACUGGAGAGAAACCUUUUACUUGCUCUGUUUGUAAGAAGAGUUUCUCCACAAAGCCACACAUGACCACACACAUGAGAACACACACUAGAGAGAAACCUUUUACUUGCUCUGUUUGUAAGAAGAGUUUCGCCACAAAACAAUGCAUGACCAGACACAUAAGAACACAUUCUGGAGAGAAACCUUUUACUUGCUCUGUUUGUAAGAAGAGUUUCUCCAGUAAGCGAAAUAUGACCACACACAUGAGAACACAUACUGGAGAGAAACAUUUUGCUCGCUCAGCUUGUGCUAAAAGAUUCUACUCAAAGAAUGACUUGAUAUUACACAUGAGAACACAUACUGGAGAGAAACCUUUUACUUGCUCUGUUUGUAAGAAGAGUUUCUCCAGCAAGCAUCACAUGGCCACACACAUGAGAACACACACUGGAGAGAACCCGUUUAGUUGCUCUGCGUGUGUUAAAAGGUUCAGGUUUAAGAGGCAGGUGAGUAAACACAAGUGUGUAACAGUCAUGGAAGCUGCAGGGAUGUAAAAACACUUAAACAGUGAUUGUGCUAAAUGUAGUUUAAAAACACAGCAUGUUUAAUAAGAAUGUAUAUUUGAUGUUGUAUGUAGUGCUUCUCAUCUUCUAGUCUUAUAUGUUGUCCUGUACUUACUUUUUAAGUUGUGUGCAUGUAUUGAGUGUUAUAUAUUUAGCUACUGUUAAGUUCCACUCUUCUACUCCAAAAAGGACCCAAGGACAACUCACGAUUUCCAAUUGAUCAACUUUUUAUUUUCCAACUUGAAGCAUUGUUGGUUUAAUAUCCAUUGAUCUUCAAAAUCAUCAGUAGGUUGUAAACCUUUAAACCACAAAAACAGAGAUGUUAACAAUGUGAUUACACAGCUAUUUUCAAACAAUGUUUUACAAAUGCUUUUAAACCGUUGAAUAAUGUUUUAAACUUUGAACAUUAAACCAUAAGCUUUGACUUUUAACCUUUUGACUUUAACCAUUUGCUAUUUUAACUUAAGCUUCAAACCUUUUAACAUUUUAACUUCAGCUUUAAACUUUUACAUGAGCUUUAAAGUGGUCAAACACAGUAUGCAAUCAAUGCUCAAAUGUAAUGCAGUCAUUUAAGUUGAAGGCAAACAAAGUAGGAUAGUUCAGUAAGCAAUUUAACAAGCUUGCAGGUUGAAGUUAAGCAUAUCACACAAACAUUUCCAUGGUCAUCAAAUGAAGCAUAUUCACCGACCAUUGGUGUGUUUGGAGAAACUUGUUGAGUGGAUCUUGCGGUUGUGGCUGCUAGCUGUUCUUCCUUCCAUGUAGUUUGUUUGGUGAUUGAGUCUGACUGACCUCCUUCCUUUUCACCUGCAUUCAAUUAGUCAUUUGGCGGCCAUUUUACCCCGGCAUUCUGGGAAUUGUAGUUUUCACUGAUUUUGACCACGUAGGGCUUGGAUUACUGCCACUUCUGAGUUUUUAACUCCACAGCUACUAUUUUAUUGUAUUUUGUCAUUGUCAAAGAGAGGACGUCUUAUUUUUUUCAUUUGGGUAUUUUUUCACACAUUUUUUCCAUUGCAUUUUAUUGAUGUUAUUAUCCAACUAAAAGUAUGAAUGAAUACAAUGGUUAACAAAAUGUGGACUCUGGUAGAUUAGCAGCAUUGUUACAUCAUGGAUGUUAACUACUGCAAAACAUCAACAAAGAAGAAAAAUGCUGAAGUUAGCAACACAUCACUGAACUUUAGAGCCAUCGUGAGUGGAGUUGCUUGUUUUUAUUGCUGCAUUUGUA